UCGGAUGAAUAAUUUUACCCCGGUCCCUUACGUUUCAGCCAAUCACAGCGCAGGAGUCUCAGUUCCUGUAUUGCUGCACGUUUAUACUUCUCCAGUGAGCCUCCAGCACGCAGGAUGGACUCCGUGGACGAAGAUGUGGAGGAAAAGGUGGAGAAGAUGCUGAACGGAGAAGGGCUAGAGGUUCUCGACAUCGAUGCUGUGCCUGAUCACGUGCAGGCUGUAACCCUGAAAAAAAACAUCUGCUACAUAGUGAGCGCUGUCAUCUUCAACUCUGAGGGCCAGGUGCUGAUGGUGCAGGAAGCGAAGAGGGAGUGUUACGGUCUCUGGUACCUCCCCGCGGGCCGCAUGGAGGCGGGUGAGAGCAUCCACGAAGCUCUGCGCAGGGAGGUGAAAGAAGAGACGGGGUUUGAGUGUGAGCCAAUCACCAUGCUGCUGGUGCAGGAACAAGGGCGGCAGUGGAUCCGCUUCGCCUUCCUCGCCAAGGUCACAGGGGGCCGCCUGAAGACGCCGUCCGAGGCCGACUUGGAGUCGCUGCAGGCUCGGUGGUGGGACCGCGAGGCUCCUCUUCCUCUGCGCAGCCAGGACAUUCUGUGCCUUAUCGACGCCGGGCUGAGAUAUCGUCAGAAGCCUUGGUUCCCCGUUUCUCACCCUGUGAACUUGCCUUGCUCUGUAGUGUGUCAGAGGCAGCUCCUGAUCUUCGGCUGCGAGGAGCGAAUAUGGCUGCUCCUCGCUAAGCACGCGACCGAUCCGGAGACGCGGACUCGUUUUCCCGUGACCGUCUCACAGAAAGGGUAUUCGGUUAAAUGUGCGGGGCAGAGACUCGUCCGAGAGUGCAUGCGCUCGAGGGAUCACGAGCUGCACGUGAAUGUGCACGGGAUUCUGGGAGUGCAGCACGACGGCAGAGUCCUGGGCCGGUCGGAUGGGAUCUGUUUCAAUACGCUCGCCACUCUGGAGCGUUCAGGCGAGGGGGCGGAGCUCAGCAGCCUGCCGCUUUUGGACAGCAAGGGAUACACAUGGCACGAAGUGACCGAUCAGAGCCUGAAAGGGAAGAUACUGAGGAGGAUAAAAGACAGAUCGUUCCUGCCCAUGCACAGUCUCUAACGAACGACUAAUUCAUUAACAACAACAGAUAUAAUCCGAUGACCGGUUCACGCUGCUUUCCGACACGCGCUACAGUCAUCCGCGUGCUUCAGCUGUCGCGGUGCGACGGUGUGUGAAACGUGCGAUUACGUUCACGCGUAUAUGCUUUCAACACUCCAACCUGAACAGAACUGCAAAACCUGUUUACUCAUAAACAUUCGAGCUAGAACACUAGCAUUCUCUAGAUCUGCGGUAUUCAACAAAAAAAAUUUGUGAACGGAUAAGAAGUCAACAACGGUUAACGUUUAAUGCUUAGCCAUUAGUGAUUAUUUUAAGGCUACGAGUAAGACAAAACAGUUCAACAUGGUUGUAUUUGCUGUCCGGUGUCAAAAGCAGCUACUAACCGUUUAUUAACUCUUAAAGACAGUGUUCUGUGUCUGUAGUUGUGACACAGUGUUGAAAGGUUUGCACAGAGGUGUAGAGAGCCAAUCAGAGUGCAGCGUUUAAGAUCCUGAAGGUCGCAGCCAGAAAAGUGUACGAAAUGCAUCGCAGUCCAUGUCCUGUGGGCGGAGCAUCCGAGUACACUACCGGUCAAAAGUUUAGACACACUCAGUCUUUAUUUUGAUUUAUUCCUGCCACAUUUUAGAAUAAUAAUAAAGUCAUCAAAACUCUGGAGUAACACAAAUGGAAGUAUGGGAAUUAUGUUCAGAUCCGGAUUAAAAAUGCCGGGGUUUUCCUUUGAGCACUGUGACGCGUGGUGAGGAAAAUGUAUCAGGCAUGAUAUACACGUUUCUGUCUUGUAAUAAAUCAUUUUACUGAUA